UUAAAAACAUGGAAACAAGCGGGAACUAAGUGAGACUCUGAGUUGUAACCAAACCAAGACAAAGAUCUCUCCGCCGCCUGAUUCACCCCUCCGCCUCUUCUCUUUCCCGUUACUCUUCCCUUCACUUCACUCUCCUUCUCUCUCUCUUUUCAAUGUCUGCCAAACACAACCACUGACCAUCUCUCUCUCAUCUUCAAAAAAUGUGGCAAGCUCUAUUAGCCGGAGCAGUAGCAGGAUCUAGUCUUCUCGUAGCCAAACACUUGCUCGGCCAUGAACGUCCUAAAGAGAAAGACCAGAAUACUCCUCAAGCUUCGAUUGGCUCUGCAUUUGGCUCUCCUGUGUUUCCAGAUGAAGUUAAUGAGUCCGGAUAUGGAAGUAAUUUGGACCGGUUAUCACCACAAGAGAUAUUUAGGUUUUCGAGUUCUGGUUCUUCGUCGAGUAAAAAGAAAAUUAGGAUUUUGAGGAAGAAAACGGCGAUCAAGGGCCGUCGAUUGAAAUUUGGGGCUCAAAGUGACAAGUCUGACAAGCGAUCUGGCGGUUCUGAGGGAAUUGCAAGGCGAGUUGCAGUUUGUUUAAAGAAGAGGAAGACUGUCAGAAGUUUGCCUGCUAACCGUGGAUCCUUUUCUUCUAAAGAUAGCUCUUUGUUUGGCUGGGGACUUGGAAUUGGAAUCAUGUGCAUGAUGUCAGCUGGGAAAACAGAGAUCAGUAAACUAAGCAGUACAGUGUAUGAGACUUCAAAAGUUGUCCAGGAACUAAGAGUUGAGCUCUACAAAAGAAAAUCAUCCCAAAGUGCUGCGAGCUCAAAAGGUUUAAGAAGUAAGAAUAAUCAGCUAGUGUUUUAUGGAUCAGGCACAGAUACGAGUCCAAAAGAUAUCAAGUUGUCUGGGAUUCCAUUGAUUGAUGAUGUUGAAUGCCCGAGUAGUGUUCUUACAGAGGAGCCAGAGCCACAGCUGCUGGAAAUGGAUCAACUGGAAGCAGAACUUGUGUCUGAAUUGCAAAAACUUCCAUGGUCCAACACUGAAGGUUCUGGACAUGAAGGAGCAGUGCCAAACGUGGGCAAGGAUGAGGUUUUGUCCGAUGGGUUUCAUGAGCUGGAGGGACAGAACAACAUUUCUUACCAAUGCAAUGGAGUCUUGCCUUCUGAAUUGCAUCAGAAAUUGAGUCAUUUGCUCAUUGAACAACAGGAAAACCAAAUAGAGGAACUGGAAACUGAAUUACAUUCAGCUCAAUCCAAGUUAUAUGAGAAGGAAGCGGAACUCCGAGCAUUGAAGGACUGCGUAAGACGCCUAACUGAGAUCUCUCUAUCAACUGUAUCAGAUGAUGAAGCUGACGUACGAGUGGAGAAACAAUGUAAUACAAGUGAAUGGGAUAAAAAUUCCAGUAUGGGGUCAGAUUCAGAGUCGAGGAAAUCCGUGGUGGAGAUUUUUACAGCAGCAUACAGCAGACUAAUAAAUUGGUAAAGAACAAGAC